UAAGAGGACCUUAGUGGAUUUAUUCUAAUCUGUUUUAACCAUUUUCAUAUUUAGGCUUCCUACUCCACUCGAACUUUCGUAGAUUUGGAGACUACAGAAGGACACACGGCCUUGAUGCUUGCAUGCAAGGAAGGACACCUGGAGAUUUCAAAGUUGCUGAUAGAGAAAAAUGCGAAUAUGGAAGUCUCAGCGCACGGAUGGAACUGUUUACACUUUUCUGCAAGAUACGGCCACCACGAGGUUUCAAUUUUGAUAAUUGAAUCUUGUCGCAAUUUAAUUGAUUCUGCAAUUCGAGGUAAAGAAAGUCAAUCCUCCAUGUUGGGAUUUACAUCUUUGAUGCUGGCGAGUAAUUUUGGACAUCAUGAUGUCGUAGAGUUGUUGUUAGAUUACAAAGCCAAUGUGAUGAUGACCAGCGAAGAAGGAUGGAAUUGUUUACACUAUGCCGCAAGACGGUGUCAUGGUGAGACGUUGAGGUUGAUCCUGGAAUCUCAUCCCGAUUCAGUAGAUUCAACAAUACAAGGUAAGUUACGACUAGGAUAUACACCUUUGAUGCUGGCCUGUGAAUUCGGACAUGAGGAGGUUGUGACGUUGUUGCUAGAUUACAGGGCAAGUGUUACGAUGAGCAGCGAAGAAGGAAUGAACGCUCUACAUUAUGCCGCAAGAUUCGGUCGUUUUAGGGCCACCAAGUCCAUUGUUGAAAGGUGUGCUGAAGCAAUAAACAGUGUAACCUUAAGGUUGAAAACCACAUCUGAAACACAGGUGCAAAACAAAUCAUCACUGAUGUUUGCUUGUCAAUAUGGACACGUAACAAUUGUAAAUAUUCUGCUAGACCAUAGGGCGGAUGUGAUGAUUUAUAGUGAGUUGGGGUGGAAUUGUAUACACUAUGCUGCAAAAGGUGGUAGACCAAAUGUUCUCAACAUGAUAGUCAAGGAACGUCCAAAUUUGAUAAACAGUCUAACUUUAAGUCCACAAACUACAUCAACUGUAGAAGUACAGAAGAAAUCAGCAUUGAUGUUGGCUUGUCAGUUCAAUCGCUCCGAACUUGUGAAAAUCUUCUUAAAAUACGGGGCAGAUUUCAUGAUUUACAGUGCAGAAGGUUGGAACUGUUUACAUUACGCUGCGAGAUGUGGUCAUUACGAUGUCUCAGAGUUAUUAGUCAAUGCUUGUGCAGAACUCAUAAAUACUCAAACAAGAAGGUCAGUAAAGAAAAAAACUAUAAAUGGCCCCUCAGAGGUGAAAGGUAAAACCGCAAUAAUGUUUGCUAGUCAGUUUGGGCAUGUGGAAGUUCUAAAAACCUUAUUAAAAUACAAGGCAGAUGUGACGCUGUGCAGUGAAGACGGAUGGAACUGUUUACACUUAGCUGCAAGAUAUGGUCGUUCUGAUGUGAUAAGGUUGAUUCUUGACGUUCGUGCCGACAUUGUCGAUAGUGGUUCAGUGCCGAGUUAUUCGUCUGAAAGGGUAACCAAAUCAGCGCUGAUGCUAGCUUGUCAAUAUGGACAUUCGGGAGUGGUGAGCAGUUUGUUGGAACACAAAGCCAAUGUGAUGCUGUACAGUGAAGCAGGAUGGAAUUGUUUCCACUAUGCUGCAAGAUGGGGUCAUUUUGAGGUGUCAAAGUUGAUAAUUGAAGCUUGUGUAGAAAUCAUAAAUUAUGGAACAAUAAGAAGUAAAGGCACAGCCGAUUUAGAAUAUAUCAACUCAAAUAGAACACCAUUGAUGUUGGCUUGUCAGUACGGACAUGAACGAAUUGUAGAGCUUUUGUUAGAACUCAAGGCGAAUGUGAGGAUGAGGACUAAGUUGGGAUGGAAUUGUCUGCACUAUGCUGGAAGAUGGGGUCAUUUUGAGGUGUCGAGAUUGAUAAUCAAAGCGUGUGCAGAAAUGAUUAAUGAUCGUACAGAGAACGGCUAUCUGGGUGUGGUCAGAACAACAUUGAUGUUGGCUUGUGAGUAUGGACAUGAGGAUGUUGUAAAGCUUUUGCUGGAACACAAGGCUGAUGUGAUGAUUUUCAGUGACUAUGGAUGGAACUGUUUCCACUUUGCUGCAAGAUGGGGUCGUUUUGAGGUGUCCAAGUUGAUAAUUGAAGCUUGUGUAGGUAUCAUAAACAUAGGCACUCUCGGUGGUGAUAGAACUGGACUUAUGCUGGCAUGUGGGUCCGGACAUGAGCAAGUUGUAAGGCUUUUAUUAGCUCAUAAGGCCGAUGUGAUGGUAUACAGCGAAAGUGGACGGAAUUGUUUGCACUAUGCUGCGGAAAGUGGUCAUUCUGAGGUCUCAAGUUUGUUAAUUGAAGAAUUUCCACAACUCAGAGACAGUACUAUCAGAGGUGCCGCCAACUGCCCACCGUAUGAUUCCGGCAAAACAGCAUUGAUGCUGGCUUCGCAAUUUGGGAAGGUGGAAGUGGUGAGGACUUUGCUCUCUCACAAAGCAGACGUAAUGCUUCGUAGUGAAGAAGGAUGCGAUGUUUUGCUAUAUGCUGCAAGAUCAGAUGAUUUAAAAGUGUUGGAGUUGAUUAUUGAAGCGGUUGUAAAAUCUGUUGUCGACGCGAGUUCGCUAUGGUGGCAAAGGACAUUAAUAUGGGCAUCAGAAAUAGGUCACCUGAGUGUUGUAGGUAUGCUGCUGAAAUACAAGAUAGAUGUGACACUCCAAAAUGGAGAUGGGCACAAUUGUCUUCAUCUCGCUGCCAAGAAUGGUCAUUUUGAGUUCUUGGAGGCGAUUCUUGAGAAGGAUACUGAAGGUUUCGUGAAUAGUACAACAAGAGCAGGUGAAACAUCAUUAAUGUUAGCAGCUCAGAAAGGAGACGUGGAAGUUGCAAAGAUUUUGCUAAAGUACAAGGCAAGUGUGCUCGAGUGCAAUGAAGAUGGUUGGAAUUGUCUACACUUUGCUGCGUCCCAGGGUAAAGUAAAGGUGAUGCUCGAGAUUCUCAACCAUCCUGAUCUCGAGAAGCUAGUAGAUAGUAAAACAAAAGCAGGCCGCACUGCAUUGAUACUUGCUGCUGAGAAUGGAUAUGCAGAUGUUGUUAAGCUUCUUAUACAUAAGAACUGUAAUGAACUCCUUUGCGAUGAUGAAGGAUUCAGUUGCUUGCAUGUGGCUGCAAAGUAUGGUCAUCGUGAGGUCCUGAGUCACCUUCUUUCGGAAGAAGGUGACGAAGAUUAUUGGGAUAAGGAAUGCUUGUGGCUAGGAGACAUAGAGAGUAAGAUUCGUAGGUUGGAUCCAAACAGUCUCCUUCUUACGUCCAAACGUCUGAAACUUAUGGAGGUAAGAAGCUGCUGCGAGCAGCUCACAGCCCUCCACAUGGCUGGCAUUGGCCACCGUACUGCGAUAGUUGCGUUUUUGGAGAGAACGUAUUUCACUUUAGCUCUUAGGUCUAGACGUUUCCUGCUGGAUCCUGUGACCACGUUCAUUUGUUACGAAGCCCAAUCAUUAAAUAUUUUCAACCUGAGAGUUGACGAUUUCUUUUAUGGGAGCGCUUUAUCUGCUACUACAGAGUUGCAGUACCCCCAGUUGGAGUACUUCCAGUUGUUGGAGUACUUCCGAGCUUCUCGAAAAAAGUUCAUGGAACCUGUGAGAGGACUUGUUAGAUGUGCCGAGUUGGAGGCGAGGAUUGGUUUGGAAGAAAAUUGGCGUCAAUUACUAGGCAGAAACCAUGAAGUUGAGGACUUUGUGGCGGAUAAGGCUGAUUAUGAUGGGUUGUCAACCUCCAAUCUCCUUGAUUUAUCCGGAAUGGUAGAGGCGAACCUAGCUGUCGUCCGAUAUGUCAAUGCCAGGGAUAUUAUAGGGCGGACAGCUUUGCAUUACCUCGCAGCAACUUGUGAUUGUGAACGAGGAAAGGAGAGAGACGGUUGCAGGAUAGCUUUUCUGAACGUCCUUGGAACACCGUUUUAUGAUGUAGUUGCUGCUGAUUGGCGAGGCUAUACACCUUUACAUCUCGCAGCUUAUAAAAAAAACUCGGCUUUUAUUACAAUGUUCGUGACUUCGACGUGUAGUAGUGAAGAAAAGAGACUCAUGUAUAAUUCCAAAGGAGCCAGAAUCAUGAAUGUAGAAGACAGUCUACGCGAAGCCGUGCAUGAGGCUGGGGGCGCAGAUUGCGAAUUCUACCAGCCAAGGAAUGGACACAUACACAAGUGUCUUUGGCAAGAGGAACGUGAUGGAAUAAUUCCUCUACACUAUGCUGUAGAGAAAUACUACCCAGAUUAUGGUGAUGUUGUGGAACGCUUGGUUAAGGCUAGCAGACUGAACCUCAUAACUAAGACUUCCAAUCUUGAGUCAUCAUUUACCAUAGCUAUGUCUCAAGGAGCUUAUCUCUACGAUUCAAGAGGAAAUAAAAAUGGAAUGUCAAGGGAUAACAUUUUGAGUCCAGGUCGUCAACAUGCUACACAACCUUCGAACAUGAACAUCGAAUGUCAAGAUAAUCAACUUUCCAUGUUCAAAAGCUUAGAAAAGCAGGCUGUGCUUAGCAUAUAUGACCCUGAUGUAACUAGGGAAGAACGAAAUAGUAUCUGGGUUGAACUUAUAUGGUCAAUGAGGGAAAUUCUUGAAGAGCAACAGAUCGAUGUAGACGAGCGAGGUCAGAUGCUGAAAGAAAUGAAUGAGACAGGUCAUUGUGGGGGUCUGACUAUUUUGCAUUAUGCUGCUUUCAGAGGGCUUCUUAAUGAGCUUCAACACCUCCUGGGUUUUCGAGAACUUCGAGAGAUGGUCGAUUGUCCAUGCACGGUCAGUGGACAGACUAUGAUGCAUUUUGCCGUUAUCGAAAAACAAACAGAAGUUCUGAACUGGCUACGCACGGAAUCAUAUGGGAGGCUGGAUGAAGAAGAUAAACAAGGGCGGACUCCUUACGAGCUGCUCUUAGAAGUAUUGAUUGCAUCUUCGUCCCCUGAACUGAAGAAUUGUGAAGCAUCUCUGCGGGGCGAGAAGACAAUAAUGAACUAUAUUGAGAAACAAUAUCGAGAUCGACAAAUUCACGUCGAUGCUGGAAACACAGCCCUUGUAGGAGCUGCAUUAAUUGCAAGUGUCACCUUCGCAGGAUGGCUUCAGCCUCCACUGGGCUACAUGGAGUACCAACAGUAUACAUUUCCCGACUCUAACAAUCCUGAGUCUUUUGCUGCAGUCCAGCAAUACAGCAGUGUCAGAGUGUUUUGGGUGCUCAAUAGUUUGUCCUUUUUCUUCGCUGUGGCAACAGUUGUUUGCGGAGCGAGAGCAGUGCUCCCUGCUUCUUCAACUGUCUUCAUUUCCAAAGAAGUGAGGCUCAUCCGAAAUUGGCUUGUAAGAACAUCUAUCCUGCUAGUCAUUUCUAUUAUUUGUGUACUGGGUGCUUUUGGAGCCGCCGGUUUUGCUGCUUUGCCACCAGAUUCCAAAUAUCAGACCAGCAUGACAAUCACUUCGGUAGUUGGAGGUUCGACUUGUGUUGUUUUUCUUUUCUGUUAUUUUCUCAGACUUAACGAAAUUAAACAUUGGCUUCCCUCAUUUGAUGGUCAGUCUAUCAAAUUGUGGUUGACUGGAGGACAUCGAGAACUAGGCUCAUCUGAGACGUGUAGGAAAUCAGGUAAGUCAGUUGAGACCAAAUUCUACGCUCUUAGAACUGCAAAACGUCGGUGGAGAAACCUUUGGGGCUUGAUGUGAACCAGUGCCUAGAUCUCGUCUUUCAAACUUGGAAGACCAGUAUAAGAUUUUAACUUUUAAAGUUUGCGGUAAGGAUACCUGUUCCAAU